AUGCAGUUAUCUUUUUUACCCCCAAAAUACAAAACGAUGAAAAAUUCAAAGUAUUCAUUUAUAGAUAUUUACAAACUCAAUACAGAUAAUUUAAAUUUAGUACUAAAAAAUUUAGACUUAAAAUCUCUCAAAAACCUAACAAAGUCUUCUUCAUGCAUUUCCGCACACAUACAUAAAGAUUUAAGUUUAUGGCAAUUAUUGUGCAACACAAAAUUAUGCAGCAUAAAUGACUGUAGAGAAGCAAUUAAGAAGAAGUAUUUAGUACAAAAAAGGAUUAAAACAGGAAAAGGAGAAACAUACACUACAUUUCAUACAAAUCAGAAAGACAUAACAGUUAUGAUGAUACAUAAUAAUUAUAUCUAUACAUCUUCUGAUGAUGCAUCAAUAAAAAAAUAUAAUUUUUCUGGUGUCUUGUUAAAAUCUUUUAUUGGGCACAAAGGAGGUGUAUGGAGUUUUUCUAUUGAUAGACAUCUUGUCACUGGAAGUACCGAUAAAACUGCUAUUAUUUGGGAUCUAGAAUCUGGUAUACCAUUACACAGACUUAAAGGCCACUUGUCAACUGUAAGAGUUGUAAAAAUAAAAGGUGAUUUUAUUUGCACUGGUGGAAGAGAUAAUAUUAUUAGGGUGUGGAAUCUUAUAGGAGAAUGUCUACAUGUUCUAAUAGGACAUACAAAUAAUGUUAGAUGUCUUGAUAUUAAUAAUAAAUAUUUACUAAGUGGGUCUUAUGAUGGUAGUGUUAUCUUAUGGGACUAUAAAAAAGGUAAAAAGAUAUUUAAUUUAAAAUCUCAUAAAUCGAGAGUGUAUUGUGUUUUACUUGGUGAUAGGUAUAUUGUUAGUUCAGGAUGUGAUGCUUACAUUCACAUUUCUACUCUUGAUAAUAAAUUAAUAGGUAGAUAUAAAGAACAUCAAUUUCUAGUAAUAGGAUUAAGUUUUACAGAUAAUGAGAGGUAUCUUGUAAGCUCUGCUGCAGAUAAUGCACUUUGUAAAUGGGAUAUAGUUGAUAAUACAAAAAUAUACUCCAUUUAUGAGAAUUAUUUUAUUUCUUCACAUUUUGUAUACAAUGAUCUUUUGUUCAUUACUACACAGAAGGAGUUAAAGGUUUAUGAUUAUAAUACAGGACUAUACAUUAGAACAAUCUUAGAAGCAGAUAAAUUUAUAAAAGUGGAAGUAUUGAGUAAUUAUUUAGUAGUGGCAUAUUCAUUACAUGGAAAAUAUCACAUAAGAAUAUAUAAAUAUAAUUAG